CUCGUCUUUGCUGUUAAGACGCACCAAAUCGUGUACGCUUGUUGUUCUCUGACUGAUUGAAGUACAAUGAAUAACGCAGCGGCCUCAGGACUGUUUCUCGGGGGUACCCGCGAAUCGGGCGAAGACGUCCGCGUUGGGAACGUGACAGCCGCAAUUGCGGUUGCCAACGUUGUAAAGUCGAGUUUGGGACCCGUCGGUUUAGAUAAAAUGCUCGUGGACGACAUUGGGGAUGUUACGAUUACCAACGAUGGUGCGACUAUUUUGGCUCAGCUCGAAGUCGAGCAUCCCGCGGCGCGCCUUUUGGUGGAUCUGGCACAGCUCCAGGAUAAAGAGGUUGGUGACGGAACGACGUCGGUUGUCAUUAUCGCCGCGGAGCUUUUGCGAAGAGGAAACGAUCUCGUGAAAAAUGGAAUUCAUCCCACUACCAUUCUCUCGGGUUAUCGUUCUGCGUUAAAGGCCGCGGUGGCUUACAUCAAAAGCACUAUGGUGGUACCGGUAUCCAAGCUGUCGGACGAGCACCUUUUGCAAGCUGCUCGCACCUCCAUGUCCAGCAAACUCAUCGGCAAGGAAGGAGACUUUUUUGCACAGCUUGCUGUCGAUGCCGUCAAGAGUGUAGCUACGAUAAGUCCCUCCGACGGCAAGGCCAAGUACCCCCUGUCGGCUAUCCACAUCCUCAAGGCACACGGCAAGUCAAGCUUGGAUUCACACCUUAUGCAAGGUGGUUUUGCCCUCCUGGGCACUCGAGCUUCCCAAGGUAUGCCCUCGACGAUUGAUCCUGCUGACGGUGAAUCCGAUGUCAAAAUUGCCAUGUUGGACAUGAACUUGCAGCGUCACCGCAUGGCAAUGGGCGUACAGAUCCAAAUCACGGAUCCCAAAGAAGUCGAAAACAUCAAGAAACGGGAGCUCGACAUUACCAAGGAAAAAAUUCAAAAAAUUCUGCAAACGGGAGCCAAGGUCGUCCUCACCACCAAGGGUAUCGACGACACGUGUAUGAAAUACUUUGUCGAAGCAGGUGCUCUGUGCGCAAGGCGGUGCAACAAGGAGGACUUGAAGCGCUUGGCCAAGGCAACCGGCGGUAAGCUAGUUGUCACCCUGGCCGACAUGGAGGGUGAAGAGUCCUUUGAUGUGGACUCGCUUGGUAAAUGUACGUCGGCUGCUGAAGUCCGUGUAGGCGACGGCGAGAUGCUACAUUUUUAUGGUUGCAAAGGGGCCGGGGCAUCCACGAUAGUACUGCGAGGAGCGAACGAAUACAUGCUAGAUGAAAUGGAUCGGGCCUUGCACGAUGCGCUUUGCGUCGUUAAAAGAAUGCUCGAGUCGUCUACCCUGGUUCCAGGUGGUGGAGCUGUGGAAGCGGCCCUAUCCGUAUAUUUGGAGCAAUUUGCGGAAACACUGGAAACACGAGAGCAAUUGGCUAUCCAAGAGUUUGCCGACGCAUUGUUGGUGAUUCCCAAAACUCUCGCUGUCAAUGCGGCGAAAGACAGCUCCGAACUUGUCGCCAAGCUUCGGGCGGUUCAUGCCAAGCACCAGAAAGCUGAGAACCCCACGGAUACCGAUUAUCAAAAUUUUGGACUGGAUCUAAUAAAUGGUGAAAUUCGCAACAAUCUUUUGGCCGGUGUUGUGGAGCCCGCGAUGUCAAAGAUCAAAUCCUUACGCUUUGCCACCGAAGCUGCGAUAACGAUUCUACGUAUUGACGACCGCAUCACAGUGUCGGAACAAGGAUAACCUAAUGGCUAAAAAAGAUGAAGAGAUCCAGCAGCGUAUACAUUUCCACCAUUUUGCUAAAUGGUUGUCCAUUUCGACGGCACGGUCAUAAAGUAGCGCUCCAUUGCAUUUGU